AUGUAUUGGAGACUAGACGAAGGGCCAGAAGUUCUGUAUCCGGCUUGUGAACAGCUUUCUCUUCCAGAAGGUUUAUUGAUAUCACAAAAUUCAAAUUUUGAAUCACAAUUCAUCAGGCGAAGCAUUUUUCAACAGAAGUGUUACAAACAUGCCGUUCCUAUGCUAAAUACUAAUAAUGGACUAAUGUUAAAUAAAUUUGCUGGGUCUUUGCCGAUAGCGGACCAGACAUGGCAUGAUUUCACGUCCAAUAGUUCUAAAGGGUCAUUCGCAUACAGUGUGGUGCCUGUGCUUUACUCCAUAUCGAUCCUGGCCGCGAUAACCUGGUUUUUGAAUAUAUUCGUCAUUACAAAUUAUACAAUCAAGCCUUCAUUGUUAUUAAGGGCAUCCACUACUUUAUCUUCAUUAUACUUGCUAAUUGCCGUAAUUAUGGCUAUAGUUGAGCUUCAUAAACAACAGAAACAGGGGUUCUUGCAUGGAGCAAUGCUCUUUGAUUUUAUGAACUCAAGUUUGACACUUAAUAUCAUAGACCUUAUAGUUGUGUUUUUGCUACAGAUUAAUCAGGUUCAGAUCAUUAUGCGUAUAUUCCUGAGGCAGAAAGAUAAGCGGUUGACCUUCUUCGUUGGAGUAUCUGCAUCUAUCACCUCACAAGUUUUAUGGGCAAUCUCUCGAUUCCAUUCGUUUUCUGAAGAUAGUGAAGCUGGUGAUAUUUUACCUGCUUUUCAGUAUUUGGUGAGAAUUGCCAUGGGUGUGUGCUACGCGGCUUUGAUUUCCGUGUUUGUAUUAAUGAAAAUCAAUUAUAUAAUAGCCAAUAAGAAAAUUUGGCUAAUAACUUUACUAACAGUUGUAUUAAUUUAUAGUCCUGUUGCAUUCUUUAUUGCAGACGUUUCGAAUGCUUGGGUUUAUGAAUUGUCGGAAAUUUUCUCCGUUGUUACUUACGAUAUUGGUGUUGUAAUACCUUGGGAAUGGUGUAAUAAAUAUAAUAGCAUAAUGAAAGCAAAAGAAAAAGAAGGUGUUCUAGGAAGAAAAUUUUAUGAAGAUGAGUUAUAUGAGCUUGACAGGUUCGAGCUAUUUGUAGACGAAGACGGUGAAGAUGAUGAAGAUAAUGAAGAUGGAAAUGAUGCUAAUCUGACUGAUAGCAGAAGUGGCAAUGAACGUACCCCUGAAGGAGUCAACGAUAGUGAUCAGAGCAGAAAUAGAAAUGACCUUCACCGGGAUGGUGAAAGUGCCCACAAGAGUUAUCGUCCUGUGCACUUUGAUGGUAAUGAUAAAGGUUUCCAAUCAAUAUACGAGACUUAUAGAAGAGCAAAAGAAACAUUUCUAAAUAUAACAGAUAAUGUCAUUGCCAAAGGUUUGGGUAUUCCGAGGUCAGCAAGUGCUUUCACAGGAACACCUAUAAGUGCAAAUAAUGUUGAAAUAUUACGGAUGGAUAACUUAAACCAUAGACGUGAGAACUCAAUGGGUAGAGGCAAUGAAAAUCGGGAAAAUCACGCAAGUAACGACCAUAAUAACACUAUUAGAUUUGUUAAUAAUAAUGGCAUACAUAGAACCACUAAUUCUUCAAAUUGGCGAGAUUCUAAUAAUUUGAACAAUUCUACGGGACAAAACAGAAGAGACGUAUUUGUUUAUUCAACGAGAGAGGUGAUAAUUGAUGUAUCUGAUCAUGAAACAUAA